AUGCCCGUUGCUGUAGCUAAUUCGUUUACAUAUCAGAAAAUGCACAUUAAAUCUGACCAGCACGUGUCGAUGAUGUUUUCAUAUCAUCGUAGCAUCGGAAGCAUCUAUUCGAUGGAACUCUGCGUGAAGCUCCAAGAUGUGGGGGGAAGCUCAUCUAGUUCGAAUAACGUGGAGGAAAUGCGAAAUUCCGGUGCUGGUGAAGGCAUUCCAUUUUUGGACAUAGGUAGGGGUCGUAGUCCGUCCUUUAAUGCCUUCGUGGCCCCCGCCCAGAAUACAGAAAUACCUGACCGACGUCCCUUCCCGAAUGUCCAUGUUGCAUAUCCGGAAGGAAUGGCCGACGGGUUGGCUGACUCAUCUGAGGAAGACGAGAUUGAGAAUGAUAGUGGAGAGGAAGCAGAGGUUGUUCCGGAAACCCAACCGGUUCAGGGCGAAAGGGUCAUCCCAAGUGUUGUUGAACCGAUCAAUGUUGCAAGGGUCGGAGCUCUUUCCAGCGGCACCCCCGACCAUUACCUGCACCUCAGUCUUGGUCCAAUGAACUCGACGAAUGCAGAGGACAUACCCAGUAACUAUGGAUUGACAGGUGAAAUGGAGCUAGAGGUUGGCCUGAAAUUCCUGACUAAGGAUGCAGCAAUGCUUGCUGUUAAGAACUAUAACAUACGUCGAAGUGAGGAAUUCAAAGUAGUGGAGUCAGAUCAUACCAGGUAUGUUUGUCGAUGCAAACUUUUUGGUGAGCAAUGUUCCUGGAUGGUGAGGGUUGCGAAGACGAGGGCGUCCAGAUUUUGGGAAGUUCGAAAAUACCAAGGGCCUCACACAUGUUUGGCGUCCGCGACUUCCCAAGAUCAUGCUCAACUGGAUUCAAAUGUCAUAUGCCAGCACAUAUUCCCCAUGGUUCAAGCAGACGCAACGAUUUGCAUAAAAGUGUUGCAGGGGUCCGUGGAGUCGGCAUACGGAUACAAGGUGUCUUACAAAAAGGUUUGGCUAGCGAAGCAAAAGGCAAUAGCGAGAAUUUAUGGAGACUGGGAUGAUUCUUAUAACCAGUUACAGAGAUACUUCAAUGCGUUGCAAACCUUUGUUCCAGGGACAAUUGUUGACCUACAAACCCGACCAUACUACGUCGGCAACACCCUCGAUCGUGAAAGCUACACUGGUACCUUGUUGAUGGGAAUAGCACAGGACGGAAACAACAACAUUCUUCCCAUAGCUUUCGCGCUAGUGGAACGGGAGAACACAAAUGCAUGGUACUUCUUUCUGACCAACUUAAGGAGACAUGUGGCUCCGCAACCAGAUGUUCUACUGAUCUCUGACAGGCAUGCUGCCAUAAAGGCUGCGCUGGAGCGAGAGGGUUGUGGCUGGGAACACAAUGUUUACUGUGUCAGACACAUUGCGUCCAAUUUCGCAACAAACUUCAAGAGUAAAGAAGCCAAAAGACAUCUUGUUAGCGCGGCAUACUCGAAGACCCAAGAGCAGGCACAGUACUACCUAGAGUUAAUCAGCGCGGAGGAUCCAGCCACGUCCCCGGCAAUGAUGGCUUGGAUAAGAGGGUUAGAGCCACCGAAAUGGCUCCAACACCGCGAUGAGGGGCGCCAAUAUGGUCACAUGACAACGAACCUUUCUAAGUGUAUCAACUCCGUGAUGAAGGGCACUCGUAACCUUCUGAAGAGUCGGCAGGCAGAAGCACAGGUUGCAUGUGGCCAGAUGUUCUCACAGUUCUUGCAAAAGGCAAUACUUGCCAACAGGGAGGGAAUCACGCAGAUGCAUCUGGGAUCCGGCUGUGUCACCUACAUAAACAGAUCUCCUCCUUCCGACAGGGGGGUGACUACCUGA